AUGGAUCAGGAAAUCAAAACAACCAGCCGCAGGUUAACUAAGUUAACUAAAAGGCCACCACCAUCCAAAGCUAUAGCUUCAUUCGAGGCAAGACAAAACGACAGCUCAUCUUUUUCCUUCCAUACAUCUUUACGAAGCCAGCGUAGCUCUGGAAGCUUACAGCGAGCCCCAUCGGCACCUUCUUACCCCAGAUCUUACUACGCUCCAGGUCAUACCCGAAAACUUACCUCUCCCCAUCCCGCAUCCAGUAAUUCGUCUCUUGAGCAUCAAUAUUCGAACACCUCUCCAGUAUUGGCCGGUUCAGAAUUCGUGCUUCAGCCCAUAGGCAUGGGAGGAGCGAAUGAUAAUCGCCGUUCCAUUCCAUCGCGACCAAUAAGUGAGAAGAGUUCCGAAGACUUUAUCGGUGCUCCCUUUGAUAGUUCUGGUUUAUUUAGUCACAUCGAUUCAACAAAGUCUUCUAGUACCCCAAAUACUUUGCGGCGACCGCCACCACCACAGUUAUCGCACACGAGUCCGGCAUAUAUGGUAAGUCCACAGUUACGGCAAUCCGCAAGUUUUACCGCAGGCGAUAAGAUGAGCGAAAAAGCCCCUCCACGCGUGGGUGAAAACCAGCUCAUCAGUCCCAAGAGGUACUCGGAUGAGACUAAGGAGCCCAAAUCCGGAAUGCUAAGAAAAAAGUCGGGCUUCUCUGGUUUUAUGAGCAGCAUAGGUGUUGGCUCACCUAGAGGGGUCAAAAUUUCCGCACCUGAGAAUCCUGUGCAUGUUACUCACGUUGGAUACGAUAACACAACUGGUCAGUUUACUGGGUUGCCAAAAGAAUGGCAGCGUAUGAUCAACGAAAGUGGAAUCACGAAAAAGGAACAAGAGCAGCAUCCGCAAACAAUUGUCGAUAUCGUCGGUUUCUAUAAAGAGAACACGGAUAAAGGUGGUGAAGAAAUAUUUGACAAAUUUGAUCAUGCAAAGGUACCAGAGAUGACGAUGGCGCGCACUGCGCCGGCGCCAUUGCCAUUGUCCCCGAGCUUCAAUAAUCCGAAUUAUGGUUCAAUGACACCGAUGAUGAGUCCUCCAGCUAGUCCUCGAUUUCCCUCGAAUAACGAGAUGAAUUUCGAGAACCCAAGAUCCCCGCCUCCAAUUCCACGCGGAACUCAAGGUGUGGGUUCCCAGCCCAAGCCUGAGCUCAAUGGGCUCGUUCCCAACAGACCAGCCCCUAGGCCACCUAUGUCGAUGCAAGGGCCUACUCGAGUUGCACCACCGCCACCUGCCGCUGGUAAAGAUUCUGGAAUUGGAAUGACCCGUCAAAGUGAUGAUUUACCGGCAUUGGCAUACGUCCCUCCAACUGUACAGGACAACGGCCCUAUGCUUCCAGAAGAACACAGGUCAAGAUCAAGAUCAAAUUCAAGAGUAAACGGCACACCACCAUAUACAACUCCAGUACCAGCAUCUCCACAGGUUUACCAACAACAGAUUUUGCACCAUCAAGAGCAGGCAAUGCAACAGGCUCAACAGGCAAUGAGCCGAUCGAUUAGUGUCAAGAAGCCCACUCAGCAAGCUACUCCGCCAACUCCUCAAGGUCAAUUCCCAGCGAAUGGUGUUCCACACCCAAUCCAACAAGCUAGACAUGUACCGGGUCCACGCCCCAGGCAACGAGCACGACAAAGCACUGGUUUUGAUAUUGUCACCAGGUUAAAGCAAAUUUGUACAGAGGGUGACCCUCGAGAUAUUUACAGGGAGCUCACUAAGAUUGGACAAGGUGCAUCUGGUGGUGUCUAUACUGGUUAUGAACGAGGGACAAAUCGAUUGGUAGCCAUCAAACAAAUGAAUCUCGAACAACAGCCAAAGAAAGAUUUGAUCAUCAACGAAAUUCUGGUCAUGAAAGACAGCUCUCAUCCGAAUAUAGUCAAUUUUAUUGACAGUUUUCUGGUCACUGGAGAACUUUGGGUAAUUAUGGAAUACAUGGAGGGUGGAAGUUUGACAGAUGUUGUUACUUUCAAUAUUAUGUCAGAAGGUCAAAUUGCGGCAGUUUGUCGGGAGACUUUGAAGGGUUUACAACAUCUGCACUCCAAAGGAGUCAUUCAUCGUGACAUCAAGUCGGAUAACAUUCUUUUGUCUAUGGAUGGAAACAUUAAACUCACUGAUUUCGGCUUCUGUGCCCAAAUUAACGAAGCUCACAAUAAACGUACUACCAUGGUUGGUACACCAUACUGGAUGGCACCCGAAGUUGUCACACGCAAAGAAUAUGGGCGCAAAGUUGAUAUCUGGUCUCUUGGUAUUAUGGCGAUUGAAAUGAUUGAAGGAGAGCCCCCCUACCUCACCGAAUCACCCCUGAGAGCUUUAUACUUAAUCGCAACGAACGGCACUCCUGCCAUCAAGAACGAACAGGAAUUGAGCAUUGUCUUCCGGGAUUUCCUUUACUUUGCUCUUAAGGUCGACCCAGAAAAGCGAGCUAGUGCUCAUGAUUUGUUAAGGCACGAUUUCAUGAAACAAUGCACAGACCUCAUUCAAUUGGCACCUUUAGUACGAUCUGCACGCAAUGCCCGAGCACAAGAAAAAGCUCAGAAGGCACUAUCAUGA